AAAUGUAGUGAUCUAAACUUAAAGGAAACUGAGUGAAUCAACAGCAGUGCGCGUUCAACUUAAAAGAAGGCAGCGUUGUUCCUGCGCAUUCAUAGUAAAUUAACAUUGCGAAAACAAAGUUCUGCUCUUGGCUGUCACCUGUCCCAGUUUCCAGAUUUUCCAAGGGCACAAGGUGGAGGUUUUAACAAAAAUUAAGCUGAGUGUUAGAUUUGACUCGUGAAAUAACGUGGACUUUCGAGUGUUAAUAAACUCAUUCGAAUAACAUUUUUUUUUUCUCAGUCGUGGCUCUCAAAAAAAUAAAAGAACACCCCCAAAAAAGGAGACCCGUCCUGUGAAAACCAGCGGCGUUUUUUCGUGAAGGCUGGGGGCUCGCUUCCUCGGGCGGCAUCCUUUCGGAAACCCGAGGCGUCCUCCUCGUCGGAAGCUACGUUUACCCCCCAAUCCGUGUGCCGACAUUUUAAUUCGCCUCCAAUCUCCCCCCUUCCGCCAUGUCUGGUUCCUCUCUCCCUGCGUGUGCUGAGUGUGCUGGUCUGCAAAAGGCUGCUGCCACGCGCUUUGCUCUGGCAUUCCUCUGUGCUGCGUGCCAGGUUAUGGAAAGGAACUCCAACCAUGUUCAAGACAAUGUGAUUGAGUGCACGGACUCUGCAGGUGAACAGAUAAGGGAAGGCUUCAUCUCCUGUCACUGCUUGGAGAAGGACCAUUUCCCUGCCGGCCCAGGAAAAUCCCAUCAAGAAUUGGAAGCUGUAGCCACCAAAGAAGCUGAAGAGAAGCAAAACAGGGAUAUAGUGCAAGAAAAGGAAGGACAGUUGAUGGAAGAAAGGAAAAAGAGAAAAGACGACAAGAAAAAGAAGGACGCUGGUUUAAAGAAGGCCAUUGAACAAAAAAACAAAGUGCCAGAACAUAUCAAGUCCAGUUUAAGCCAGCCUCAGCCUGCCAACCCGAACAGCGGCACUUCCACCGUAACCAGCACCGUCAGCAAUGCCAAGCGGGCCCCAGCCAGCAGCCAGCCGCAAGCCCCGCCUCGAUACCCGCCCCGCGAAGUUCCGCCCCGUUUCCGCCAGCACGAGCAGAAGCAGCUGCUGAGGCGGGGUCAGCCUCUCCCUGUCCUUGCUGCCACCCUGGGAACCAGAGCGCAGCCCUCCUCCGGCCAGCCAGGGGGCGCUCCGCCAGCCAGUGAGGGGUCGCUGCAGAACGGCACCAAGGCCCACCACCCAGGCAUGCCUCCCAUACGGGAUUUGGUCAGCCACUCCCCUAACCAGACAGAUUUGAAUCGCAGUGGUCUGGGAUCUCAUUAUGAAAAUUCCCACUGGGGUUCCGGCUCAACUGGCAGCGAUUCGAACACCAACUGGGACAAAGUCAUCGUAGACGGCUGCGACAAGGAAGCCUGGCCUUCUAUCACUGGUAGCGACCCAGAGUUAGCCUCAGAAUGUAUGGACACUGACUCUGCCUCAAGCUCUGGGUCUGAGAAAAACCUUAGUAUAAUGGCUUCUGGGAACACUGGUGGUGACGGCGAUGGCAGUAGGCACAGCAGUGGACAUGGUUCUCAUUUUAUGGUUGCAAAUGGCAGCAAUAACGUGGGCAAUGGGAGUAUUAAAGGGCCAUGGGGCUCAUCCUCUGGCUCAAUGCUAAGCACAUGUCAAGGCCCCGGGGAGAAUCCCAACAGCAAGCUAACAGAAAGUAGCCAUGGUAAAUUAAACGCAUGGGGUACCCUAGGUUCCUCAACCAAUGGAGGUAAUCCAAGCACUUUGAACCCAAAUGCCAACCAUGGUGCCUGGCCUGUUUUGGAAAACAGUGGGCAUAAUCAGCACGGGUCUGUGGGCAACGGAAAUGGCAACACCAGUAUCCAACGUAGCACCAUAGGUCAGACGCCUGGCAGUCAGAGUAUUAACUCUAAGGGGGGUGUCUCCACCCAUGCAUCCUGGGGCAGCCUCCAGGACAACACCCCCGAGUCUGAAGUCAAUGGUACAAGUAAGGUUUCGUUAAGCGGGCAACCUCAAAACCUUAACACUGAAAUGAAUGGACCAAAUAACACUACUAACUUGAUGACCUCUAGUUUACCAAACUCUACUGGUUCAAUGCAGAUGAACGAACUGCCUACAGGGCACCGAGCCUGGCGUGUGGGCACAGGGAGCUCCACUCAGCUCCAGGCCUCUUCAGUUUCUAAUGGCACUUCCAUUUCUCAGCAAGGCAACAGCGAGGGAAUGAAUGGUACGGCAUGGGGAGCUCCACCAGGCACUAACUAUUCUGGAGACAAAUGCCCAGUUCCUAAAGGCCAAGCUGUGGGUGACACUGUGAAUGCAACUCUAAUGCAGUCUGGGAUUAACGGAUCAGCUGCAGGCGCUGCUUCUUUUAAGAAUAAUAAUAACGGGGUGGGGGGUCGUGGAGGGGGGUGGGAUUCAGGGGCGGCUUGGGGAGCAGGGAAUGGUGUUGGCCCUGUGGGGAUCCCUCGCCCCUGGGGGAGCGCCUCCUCGUCGUCCUCAUCUUCCUCCUCCUCCUCCUCUUCAAACACUGGCACUAAGGUCUCCAAGGGAGAGUGGAACAGCCUGCCCAACAACAAUCAGCAUUCCAACGACGGCGGAAAUGGGAGCAGGAAGGGAACAAACGGCUGGAAGUCUCUGGAGGACGAUGCUCUAGGGGUCGGGGGCAGCAACGGGCAGGCACCCCAAUCGAGCGAGCAGGGCGGCAUGUGGGCCAAGUCGGGUGGCAGCGAAGGCAGCGGUGAAAGCACGGGCAGCCGCAGCGACAGAAUGAGCGGAGAUGCGCCCCGUGGUCGAGACCGCCGAAAGGCAAACCCCCAGGGGCCGGUACAGAACGUGAUCUCCAGGUCCGACCUGGACCCCCGUGUCCUGUCCAACACGGGCUGGGGCCAGACCCCAAUCCGACAGAACACCGCCUGGGACAUCGAGGCCACCUCGUGCAACGACAAAAAGACUGACAACGGGACGGAGGCGUGGGGUGGCUCCGUCUCCCAGGCAUCUGACUCAGGGGGAUGGGGGGACGGGCCCAGCGCCAACAGCAACGAUACCUCAUCAGUAUCUGGGUGGGCCGAUCCAAAGCCUGCCCCUGGGUGGGGAGACACCAAAGGCUCUAGUGGCCAAGGGGGGUGGGAGGACAAUUCUGCUGCUACGGGAGUGGGCAAGAGCAAUCAGUCUUGGGGAGGUAGCAAAGAAGACAAGUCUUCUACGUGGAGUGAUGCACAAAAGGUCAAACAGGGAUGGAUGGAAGGACAGAAAUCUAACCAGGGUUGGGGGACUCCUUCUGGAGCGGGGUGGGGAGGAGAUGUUCCACGGGGGAACCACUGGGGCGACCCUCCCAAGUCAGGUUCAGGCGGCUGGGACAGUGACAGCGACCGCUCGGGAUCUGGCUGGAGCGAGACGGGCCGCGCCGGCGGUGGCAACACCUGGAGGGGCAGCGGAGGGGGCAACUCUCCCAAUACCGCAGGACCAUCUGGCUGGGGAGAUCCUAAUAAGGCUAACAAUCAGGGCCAGGGAUGGGGGGAACCUCCCAAACCCAGCCAUCCUGCCCAGGGCUGGGGCGAUACCGGCAAGCCCCGCAACUCCCCCGACUGGAACAAGCCGCAGGAUGCGACAGCAGGGCCACCCUCUUCCUGGGGCACUGGUACCUCACAGCCAGGGCCCUCUACCAACAACAAGCCAUCGGGUUGGCUUGGGGGGCCCAUCCCGGCCCCCCCAAAAGAGGAGGAGUCAACGGGUUGGGAGGAGCCCUCCCCAGAGUCGAUCAGGCGCAAGAUGGAGAUUGAUGAUGGCACCUCAGCCUGGGGGGACCCCAGCAAGUACAAGUACAACAAUGUGAACAUGUGGAACAAGAACAGCAUUGCUGACCAGGAAACACAAGCCUCAUCACAGCAACAUCCCCCACAGCCUCUACCGCCACCAAGUGCCAUACCCAGCAAGGAAAAGGGCUGGGGCGAGCCAUACAGAGCACCGCCCAAAGCAGAGUCUUCAUGGGGGGAGCCUACCGGUCCCCCCGUGGCUGUGGACAACGGCACGUCGGCCUGGGGCAAGCCCAUGGACACGGGGACGAGCUGGGAGGAAGCUGGUGUGGAGAGCGCGGGCACAGGCAGCUGGAGCGGCCCCGCAGUGGGACAGCAGCCACCACAUAAACCUGGACCCAAACCUAUGCAAGAUGGCUGGUGUGGCGAAGAGAUGCCCAUGCCAAGUAUGCGCCACUCGAGCUGGGAAGACGAGGAGGAUGUCGAGAUUGGGAUGUGGAAUAACACUCCUUCCCAAGAGAUGAACCAGUCUGGGAACUGGCCUUCGUGCAUGAAGAAGUUGCCUCCAAAGGGCAAUAUUAAAGGAGGCAACAAGCAGGACGAUGUAUGGAUCAAUCAAUUUGUGAAGCAAUUUAACAAUAUUGGUUUCUCUAGGGAAUCUUCAGACGAACCCUUGAAGAGCAAUAAGAUGGAAUUGCCUGGAGGAAUGUUACCUGACAAGCGCAUGGAUAUGGAUAAGCACGGUCUGAAUAUUGGAGAGUAUAAUGGUGUGAUUGGAAAGAGCCCUGGCUCACGCCAUCAGAUUUCCAAAGAGUCUUCCAUGGAGCGCAGUCCCUACUUUGAUAAGCUAUCUCUAUCCCUGUCUGGUCAAGAUGGCAUUGUAGCAGAAGAGCCACAAAAUGUACAGUUUUCAUCUAAUCAAAAUAUGAAGCUUCCCCCUUCAAACAAUGCACUACCUAAUCAGAGUCCUGGCUCUGUGUCGGGGCUGAGCCUCCAAAACUUGAAUUCGGUCAGACAGAAUGUCAAUCCCGGGUUCAGUGGCAGUAAUGCAGCAGCACAAGCCAGGAGCACACAACAGCCUCCAGCACAACCUCUGAACUCAUCUCAGCCUAAUCUCCGCGCACAAGUGCCUCCUCCAUUGCUUUCCCCUCAGGUUCCAGCAUCAUUGUUGAAAUAUCCUCCAAACAAUGGAGGUCUGAACCCUCUGUUCGGGCCACAGCAGGUAGCUAUGCUGAACCAGCUUUCCCAGCUCACCCAGCUCUCCCACAUCUCUCAGCUGCAGCGCCUCCUCCUUCAGCAGAAGGUACAGAACCAGAGAAGCAUGCCUAUUGGUGGCCGUCAGCAGCAGGACCAGCAGGGUCGCCCUCUAGGCACUGCUCACCAGAUGAUGCCGCCCCCGCGCCACCUGGACCCCUCCCUGAUGAAGCAGCAGCAGCAGCAGCAGCAGCAGCCUUCCCCCCAGCCGUCAUCUCUGCACCAGCCUGGCCUCAAAUCCUACCUGGAGAACUUCAUGCCCCACAAUGCAUCUGACUUGCAGAAAGAGCAGAACACACUCAAUUCAUUCAGUAAUUUCCCUAUAGGUGGGUUUCCUUCCCAUCCUAACUUAGGGCAGGCUGACUCUCUGUUGCACCAAGCUGUGAAGCACCCUCUGUCUGGUUCAGACGGUUCAGGCUGUUACCCAGCUGGCAGUAGCCACAGUCAUAGCCUUUUUAGCCCUCCACUGAGCAAUGGCCAUGCUGGGCCAGGCUCGCCCAUCUACCACCGGGCAGGGAGGACCUUUGCCAGCAACGAAAACCACACUUUAUCAACAAGAGGCUUGAACUCAAACUUGAAUGUAAGCAACCUGGAUAUUGGCAGUAUUAGUUUUAAAGAGCCACAGUCCCGGCUGAAGAAAUGGACUGCCUUGGACAUUUCCGUUAACCCAUCUCUAGAUCAAAACUCCAGCAAACCUGGUGCUAUUCCUUCUGGGCUGAGGCUUGAAGAUUCCCCCUUUGGUCCAUAUGACUUCAUGAACACCAGUAACUCUCCUGUCAGCCCUCCUGGUUCUGUGGGAGACGGCUGGCCCAACCGUGCCAAAUCGCCUCAUGGCUCCAGCAAUGUCAACUGGCCACCAGAAUUUCGCCCUGGUGAGCCUUGGAAAGGAUAUCCAAACAUUGACCCUGAAACUGACCCUUACGUCACGCCUGGCAGUGUGAUUAAUAAUCUCUCCAUUAAUACUGUCCGGGACGUUGACCACCUCAGGGACAGGAACAAUGGGUCAACCUCAUCUCUAAACACCACGCUGCCUUCAACUAGUGCCUGGUCAUCCAUUCGUGCCUCCAACUACAGUGGUUCCCUCAGCAGUACAGCACAAAGCACUUCAGCCAGAAACAGUGACUCCAAAUCCACAUGGUCUCCUGGUCCAGUCACUAACACCUCUCUGGCUCAUGAGCUGUGGAAGGUUCCUCUGCCACCGAAAGGCAUCACCGCUCCGUCCCGUCCACCCCCCGGCCUGACCGGCCAGAAGCCCCCAUCGUCGUGGGACAACAGCUCACUGCGCCUAGGGGGAGGCUGGGGAAGCUCCGACUCCAGAUACACCCCCGGUUCGAGUUGGGGCGACAACAGCUCAGGGAGAACAACUAAUUGGCUUGUUCUCAAAAAUCUCACACCUCAGAUUGAUGGCUCCACUCUGCGAACUUUGUGCAUGCAGCACGGUCCACUGAUAACAUUCCACCUGAACCUGCCCCACGGCAAUGCUGUAGUCUGCUACAGUUCAAAGGAGGAGGCAGCCAAGGCACAAAAAUCUCUGCACAUGUGCGUUUUAGGGAACACUACUAUUCUUGCUGAGUUUGCUAGUGAAGAGGAAAUUAGCCGUUUCUUUGCACAAGGCCAGUCCAUGACUGCCUCGCCCGGCUGGCAGGCUCUGGGUGUCUCUCAGAACCGGAUCGGAUCCAUUGAGAGUUCCCACCCUUUCUCCAACCGCAAUGAUCCAAAUCACUGGAACGGUGCUGGGCUGUCAGGAGCUGGCAGUGGAGACCUUCACGGCACUUCCCUCUGGGGUGCUUCUAACUAUUCCACUAGCCUAUGGGGGAACCCCAGUGGCAGUGAGGGCCGGGGAAUCGGCAGCCCAUCCCCCAUCAACUCCUUCCUUCCUGUCGACCACUUGACAGGAGCUGGAGACUCCAUCUGAAACACCUUUCACCUUCUGACUUAAGAACUGUGACCUCAACGUGUAAAAACAAAUAAUAACAAGAAGAAAACAAACGGCACUAGUUUGGACUUUUCUUUUCCACCUUCAAAAAAAAGAAAAAGAAAAAAAGACGGGGUCACCCUGUGGAAACAAGUUACUUUUUCUGCACAUUUUUCCACUUUGUUUUAGCCCAAAACAUAUCAGUUCGAAUACUUGAAUCAUACAGGCCAAUAUUAUAAUGUGAAAGGAUAUAUUUACACUUCCAGGUAGUGCUCUUCAUACGAGAAAAAAAACUGCUUCAAAUGAGCUCAUUUAAUGUUUUUUCAUCAUGUUUAUUUGAAUUCCAAUUUUUAAUUUGUUUUUCUUUUUAUUGCAUUUGUUUGCUGACAAUGUUGGAGUAUGAGCUUUUUUUUAACUUUGCACUGAAUGUCGUUUUUCUCAGUAUAAUCUGCAAUAUCGAGGGAGCCGACAGUUCCAGUGUAGUUGUUUACUCAAGGAUGUUCUUAAGUGUGCGCUCUACUAUGCCUUGAUAUAUGUCUACCUUAUUGUGGUAGUGUGGAGUUUAAGAUCAAGAUAUAAAUGCUGACUUAGGAUUAUUUGAUGAUAUUAAAAGAAAAAAAAAGUAUUGCACCAAUUUUUUGUGUUUAAAACUAAAGAAUUUAGCUCUGCAGUCUAAAAAACUGUAGCCACAGCUGUGACUUGCAAACCCAGCCUGCAAGCCAGGGGGAACAGCACUUUCAAAUAGGCUUUCAAUUUUGUUUAGGAGGCACCCAUGUCGUGCCCUCUUGUUUACAGACUUUUUUGAGGAAAAAAAGUGUUUACUCUUCCUUCAUUUUAAAAAUAAAGUGUAAAAAAGUUAAAAAAAUAUAAAAAAGAAAAAGUACUAAAAAAAACACAAAAGAAAAAAAAAGAUGGAAAUUAUAUUGAGGAUGAAGACGAAGCUUUCUAUCUCUGGGAAUACUGAUCAGUGUUUGGCCAUGUUUGGUUUAUUUUUUUUAAUCUUAUUCCUCUCGUCUGCUAAAUAACGAGCAUGGUUCUCAGGAAAUAUACCCAGUUUCCCCCAGUAGAAACUCCUGUAGUUUCUUGUAGGAAAAUCCAACUUUUAGCACUGAAACUACUUAUAGCUCUGUAAGUUUUUCUCUGCCAAAUAACUGCUUUAAGCUGGAGAUGUUCUACAUUACUGCUUUCUGAAAUGCUGUCUUUUUAUUAGUGAGUGGAGGUGGUUUGCUGAAUCGCUAUCUUUGUCGUUUUUCUUCCCUUUAGUCCCAUUAUGAGUGGCUCAGUGUUUUUUGCUCUUUGUGACUUUAACUGUUGUACUUUAAAAAAAGAGAAAAGCCGAAAUCCGUAACUAUGCAUACUGUAACCAGGUACAUGGCUUACAGAAUCAUUUUUUUGUUGUUGUAAAAAAAGUUUUAAAUGUUUAAGACGUAAUUACAGAUACGUUGUUUGCAAAACCUUUUCUCACCUUGCCACAAAUGGUGUUCUAAACAAAAAAAAAAACCUCGUUGGGUCGUUCAAGAGACAAAACAAGGUUGAGAUUUUAUAACAGUGCAAAAGUCGCCCACAUUUCAUUGCCUUGAUUCUAAUUGUGUCCGAAGAUGCAACAAGUCAAGUGGCUUUUAACUGUUUACAAAUAGAAUGUGAUUGUAAUGUGUACAGUUUGGUUGUGUUGAAUUCUGAAGUUCCUUACAAUAUUAAUAAAUCAUGACGUUUUGGCUGCUCAGUACGUGUUUAUUGUUGUUGUUGUUGUUGUUUAUUUUUGAACGCAGGUUUGUCUUUUGAAAUGCCAAGCCUCAGUAAUGAAGAGGCUCUGGAAGGCUAGAACAGUGGUGAAUGUAAUCUUUUACUGGUAGUUAAAUGCGUGCAGAAAAAAAAUGUACAUUAUAUAUAUACAAACUAUUUACAAUAUUGAUUUAGUUACUACAAUGAUGCACAACUGAUAAAAAGCUUCAACAAGAGAAAGAAGUCAGCAUUAGGCUAAGCCAUGGACCUUAAUUCUUUUGUUUUUAGGUAGUAUUCUUGUGUUUUAGCUUUAUCUCAAAAGGUAGAACUUGCAGCUAUUUUUAAAAAAGGUGUUUUUGAAAAGUUCUCCAGAGUGAAUACAAUUCAACCCUUAGUCAAAGGAAAUCUUGAGUAUUACACAGGCUUAAUAGUGGAGUGCCAGUAUUUGAACCAUUAUUAAGUACAUUCUACCAAAUAUGAUUUAUUUGCUUAACCCCAGACUUGAGUUGCGCAUAUUGUUACAAACUAGAAUACAGGUUGCUUUUAAAAAAAUAUAUGAAAAUUAAAGUUAAAAGCCUUGGAUUUGCACUUAGUGUAUAUACAGUACUGAAUAAAGUUGUACUUGGUAUGUAUACUUUAUAAAUAGCAAGGGGAAUGCUGUGGAUGUUGAGAUGCGUUUUGGAUAGUCCACUGUAACGUGACUUGUAUUUAGCUGUUUUGUUCGGGGGCUCGUGGUUUUCUUUAAGCAGUCCAGGUUCUCUCCAGGUCUACCAGCUCCAUCCCCUCGCAGUAUGAGUGAGGCCGAUGUGUCUUGCUCUGAAAUAGAGAUGUGGGGUUGAGGCAUUAUCUAUUGCAAGUUGUAACACAACAUUGAAAAUGCCCCCAGCUCAUCUAGAUGUAGAUGUAGUGCUGAGCAUAGGUGGCUUGGGUACUUUGUUUUUGUGAGUAGACUUGUUCUGUGCCCAAGGUAGCUAUCUUUGUUUUCCCGUGAGCUUUUGGUGUGCGUCUCUGUGUGACCAUGGUUCUGAGUUGUUUCAGCAACACUGAUCUGAAAAAGCCCCCCCCAGGCGACUUGAUUUUUCCAUAGCAAGAGGAGCUAAUGAACACAGAAUAGGGAAAAGCCAGUGGCGCCUACAAAGUCUUUUUUUUUGUUUUGUUUUGUUUUGUAACAUUCUGCCUUCUGGUUUUCAUCCGCUUUACUGUGUAAUGUGGUAAAGAGCUGUUUGAUGUAGGACAAUACUGUCUCACGGGGCAUUGUGAAAGGCCUACUGUAAUGCCAAAUGGGAUUGGGUGGGGUAGGGAGAGGGAAAAGGGGACUGCUUCUUGUGUGAAGGCUGAACAAUGUGCGUGCUGGGAAUGUCACCUGUGCAUAAACAGCUCCUAUGAGGGAAAGUGAAAAUGGCAAUGUACAAUCCCCAUUGUUCCUUUGCAGUCCUUUUUGUAUUGGCAGGUAGAAGUGGAGGAAUUAGGGUUGGUCAGACAUUCUACUUUUGUAUGGGUAAAUGUAAUUCUUUUAAAAUGUGUCCACUAUAAGCAAAUUUAAUGCACCCUUGUCUUUUCAAUGGUUCCUACUGUUUAACAAUGUGCUAAUUUGACUUUUCAUACUGUGAGCAUUGCUGUCUUGUCAUUUUGUAAACCCUAAAAAAAGCUUUAGUAAAAGCAGCACAAAGAAAAAAAAAAUUAGCCUGGAAUCUUUUUGACUUCUACUAUGGGGGUGGGGAAUAAGACAGAAAACUCUAUGCAGUGUGAAGUUCACAAGGCUGCCGUGCCCAUGUGUGUUUGCUUUAAACAAUCCUGGCUUCCUGGAGCAGUAAGGGGAUUGAAAACUUCAUACAACACGUGUGCCAUGACUUAAAGUUGUACAUGAAAAUGAAUAAAUUGGCCAGCUGUAGCAGAGCAUUUCUUUGCGAUAUUACAGUUCACAGGUGCCCCCAAGCGGACUGUGAAUAGCAAAUGGAAUACUGCGGAUUGUUUUUUUUUUUUUAAGAUGAAAAGUUUGAAGUGCUCACUUACAAUUCUGCUGUUAUGCACAUUGCUUUGGUAGACUGUUUAAACAAUGUAUAGAAAACAAUAAGUCUAAAUUACCAACUGUUCUUAAAUGAACCGGAAGCACCCUUUUACAGUCUUCCUGGGGUCAUUUGAGAAUUUUAUCUUGGGGAACUGCACUUUUUGAAGGACAAUCCUUAUUUUUAUUGGUAAGAAUUUUGACUAAAGAAUAAUACAAGGUAGAAACUGUCAAUUGUGUGAUGAAUGUUUCCACUGAUGCUGUCAUUUUAUUUUCUUUAUUGCUUGCGUUUAAAUUUUAGUGCUCUUAAAUAUGUAAAAUGGUGUAGACUAGACAUUAGGUCUUUUGUUGACUGUACUUGUAGACUGAUAACUGUUUGUAAAGUCACGCUGAUCUCUGCAUCAGAAUAUGAAGCUGUAUAACUCGGGUACAACCCACAAUAAAACCGUAACAAUGUUGAUGUCUGUUUUCUUUCCUUGAAUUUUGCAUUUUAUUCUGUGUAAGGCUUUGUUGCCUGAAGGCCUGUGUUAGAAUAAAUGCUAUUUAAACCAAUAAAAUAUUUUGUAAAUAUUC